UUCCCUGUGGGGGUGCUGAGGCCCUGGCACACAUUGACCAGAGAAGCUGUGGCUGCCCCAUCCCUGGAAGUGUCCAAGGCCAGGCUGUACAGGGCUUGGAGCCCUCUGAUCCAGUGGAAGGUGUCCCUGCCUGUGGCAUGAUCAAGGUGCUGUACCAUGUCCAGGUAGGACACUGCCAGCGUAACAAGCAUCCCAAGACAACCCUCUCCCAGGCCUUGAGCUCGGGUGGCUCCUCUGCUUCCUGCAGCAGCCGGGCGAGGGAGAAGAGCUGGGAUAGCCCCACGUAUCCAUCGCUGCCCACAGCACCCCUAGGAUGGAUUCCAAAGGCAACGUCCGAAGCGGAAACAAACCCGACGCCAAGGCCGCCAGCUCCGGGAAGCCGGAAAAACCCAACCCCGGGCCUGCCACGAAUGCAGACAAGAAGGAGGCUCCCAAAGAGCAGCCUGCUCCUGCCACGGCCACCAAGAAGGCGGGAGGUGACGCCGCCAUCGCCAACAACCACAGCAACCUGAAACCCAGCCCCGCCGCCACGGAGACGCAGGAGGCCAGCGGGCAGUCCCCUGACUCUGACCACAAGGGAAACAGCUCCGAGGAGUCCCCGGGCAGCUUCUUCGACAACAUGAAGCCCUUGAUCAUCGUCGGAGGAGUGGCGGUGGCCGCGCUGGCUGUGAUUGUGGGAGUGGCAUUCCUAGCCCGGAAAAAAUGAAGACCGAGACGGGGUGGGGAUGAGAAACCCAGCCCAGCUGUACAGCUCCUUUUGAGACAAAUGCAUGCAGAGAAAUUCUAUACAUAGCUAUAUAUAUAGAGAGAGCGAGCUAGAUAGGUCAACAACAAACACCAACUGCAACUCCAGGGUCUUGUUCAAGACAACUGUGCCAGUCUGACCCGCUGUGGGUAACUCCAUGCACUCAGUGUGUUCUUUCAUGUAAUAUAUCGUGGCUUAUACCGCUGUGUAUAGAUUACAGCUUCUCCUGAUCGGUGUAAAUGACGGUGUCCCCUCCCCUCCCCUGCUGUCCUCCCUGGGAGACACCCCUCGUCCCCCACCCUGCAGUCCCGUUUUCAAGUCCAAAGUGUUCUACGUCCCAUUCGGAGUCCCAAUUUGUGUUUUGGUUUCUGUUUGGUUCUGUUUUAACUUGGGCUGUGGUAAAGAAGAUGGAAGGGGAGUGCUAAGGCCUGGCUUGCCUGUCACGCUGGGCUGGGGGUGUUUCUCCAGCCCCCUGGGACAAGGGAAGCGCAGGGGCAGUGGCAGGGAAGGGGCAGCUCCCUGACCCAACAGCCACAGGCGAUCCCUAAUCGGUGUCUGUGUAUCUGCCCCUCGUCAUCCCACCUUGGAACCCCCACCUGGGAAGUGCUCCGGAGGAACCAGGGCAGCUGCGGCGCGGCAGAGCCGAGUGUGAGCCUGGGAUGUCACAUCAGGUCACUCUUCUGGCUGAGCUGCCAACGGGACAGUGACCAGAGGGCUGUGCUGUGGCCCAGAGAAGUCCCAUUGCAGCCUUCAGGAUCCCAGGGCUCGCCAGGGUCACGUGGGCAGCGU